AUGUCAAUUGCUUCAAUCGCGGUAGCGCUUGUCUACUUCCUGUCCUUCGUGGCGGCAGACCACCUAAUGACAUCGGACCAAACCAUGGGCAUGACGUCCGGACUGCGCGGAGGUGGCGCUAUUGUCCCUGUCGGAGUCUUCAUCAACCGGAUCGAUGCCAAGAACAACAAGAUCGUCGUCACCGAUAGCAAGAUUCGCCUAUCAAAGAGCGACCGUGUGCAGCUCGCGGAUACUCUGAAGGAGAUGAUGGCGAACAACCAAGAGGCUGGUGCUGCAGGCGAUAUGAGUACCGAGGAUAUCUUCGGUCUGUUAACGCGCGUCGCAACGACUCCGGGAGUUCUCUCGAAUGCUGCGGGCAUCAUUUCGGCGGCGAGAAGCGGUGACACGAGUGCGUUGGCUGGUCACGUGGUAGGUCUGCUGGGUGCGGCAGUCCCGGCUGCAAUCUCUACUCCUGCGCCAAUCCCUGCUGUAGUGGACACUCCGGCUCCUGUUGCUGCUCCGAUGACUCCGUAUGCCGCUCCUGCUGCUGCGCCGAUGGCUCCCGCUGAUGUUCCUACCGUUAUGACUCCCACUUCUUCCUAG